CUCUAGUACAAAGCGCCACUUGAUCAUUCCAUCGCACAAGACAUCUCCGCUCAAAAUGACUACCGCACUCGACUCUCUCAAGCAGUACACUGCUGUCGUCUCUGACUCUGGUGACUUCGAGUCCAUUGACGCUUACAAGCCUCAGGAUGCCACUACUAACCCUUCUCUGAUCCUCGCUGCCAUCAAGGAGGAGAAGUACGCUCGUCUCUUGGAUGUUGCUGCCAAGUACGCUCAAUCGCAAAGUGGCGACAAGUCCAAUCAGCUCGAGAACGCCGUCGACCGUCUCUUGGUCGAGUUUGGUGUCGAGAUUCUGAAGAUUAUCCCUGGCCGUGUCUCAACCGAAGUCGACGCUCGUCUCUCCUUCAACAAGGAGGCUACCAAGGCCAAGGCCAAGAAGCUCAUCGCUCUCUACAAGGAGCAGGGCAUUGACAAGCAGCGUGUUCUGAUCAAGAUCGCCUCCACUUGGGAGGGUAUUCAGGCCGCCCGUGAGCUCGAGCGCGAUGACGGCAUCCACUGCAACUUGACUCUUCUGUUUGGCUUCGGUCAAGCUGUUGCCUGUGCCGAAGGUGGCAUCACUCUGAUCUCCCCCUUCGUUGGACGUAUCCUUGACUACUACAAGAAGGCUACCGGCAAGGAGUACACAGCCAAGGAGGACCCAGGAGUUGUGUCCGUUCAGCGCAUCUACAACUACUACAAGCAACACGGCUACAACACCAUCGUUAUGGGCGCCUCGUUCCGCAACGUCGGCGAGAUCAAGGAGCUCGCUGGUUGCGACUUCCUGACCAUUGCACCCAAGCUGCUCGAGGAGCUCAAGAACGACAAGGAGCCCGUCAAGCAGGUUCUGAGUGUCGAGAACGCCAAGAAGGCCGAGGCUAUUCCCAAGGUCUCCUUCAUUGACGAUCAGCCCGCUUUCCUUUUCGAGCUCGCGAAAGACGCUAUGGCCGUGUCCAAGCUCAACGAGGGCAUUGCCAAGUUCGCCGAGGAUGGAGAGACCCUUGAGGGCAUCGUCGCCAAGAAGCUCGGCGCUUAAAUGCGAAUCUGGCACCGAAUCUGGCACCAAUCCUUCACGCACGCCUUGGCUCUCUGAAACCUGCCUCUACUCGUCCUUCGCACCGUCCCCCAUCCACUGUCACUGGUGUUUGCAUUCGUUUCCCAUUCUCUGAGCCUCACGCUCUUCACUUGUUACAAGCAACACAAAACACACAAUUGACGGCUCCUCAAUAGAAACGAAAGUUGAAGGCUUGCUUGCGAAUC